AUGGAGCAGCUUGAUUUCUCUCUGUCUAUACCUAGAAGAGAAGAUUUUUCUACAGUAAAGACCAGCUUGUCCUUCAGCAUCUGCUGUCUCUCCUUGGUUUUCACAGCAGGGAUGUUUCAUGGUGUUGAUGCAGCACAAGGAAAAUAUGCCCAAAUGCUCUUUAAUGAACUUUUUGAAGUCUAUUCAAAUGCUCUCAGACCAGUGGAAGAUACAGACAGUGUUCUGAAUGUCACUCUUCAGAUUACACUUUCUCAAAUAAAAGAUAUGGAUGAGAGAAACCAAAUAUUGACAGCCUACCUCUGGAUUCGGCAAACAUGGUAUGAUGCCUAUCUGAAGUGGGACAAAGAUAAAUAUGAUGGCCUGGAUUCUAUCCGGAUCCCCAGCAAUCUUGUAUGGAGACCAGACAUUGUUCUUUAUAACAAGGCUGAUGAUGACUUUUCAGAGCCGGUGAACACUAACAUUGUGUUGAGGUAUGAUGGAAAGAUUACUUGGGAUUCACCAGCUAUAACAAAAAGUUCAUGUGUAGUAGACGUUUCUUACUUCCCAUUUGAUAGCCAGGAGUGCAAUCUUACCUUUGGUUCUUGGACUUACAAUGGGAAUCAAGUAGAUAUAUUCAAUUCUUUAGACAGUGGCGACCUGUCUGACUUUAUAGAAGAUGUGGAGUGGGAAAUUCAUGGUAUGCCAGCUGUUAAGAAUGUGAUAACCUAUGGCUGCUGCUCAGAACCUUAUCCAGAUGUUACAUUCACCCUUAUCUUAAAAAGGAAGUCAUCUUUCUAUAUAUUUAACCUCCUGCUUCCUUGCCUAUUGAUAUCUUUUCUGGCUCCGUUGGGAUUCUACCUCCCGGCAGAUUCUGGAGAAAAAGUUUCUCUAGGAGUUACUGUUCUGCUUGCACUAACUGUGUUUCAACUAAUGGUUGCAGAGAGCAUGCCCCCUUCUGAAAAUGUACCUUUGAUUGGUAAAUAUUACAUUGCUACUAUGACCAUGAUCACAGCAUCCACGGCACUGACAAUCAUUAUAAUGAAUAUUCAUUACUGUGGAUCAGGAGCCAAGCCUGUCCCACAGUGGGCAAGGGUGGUCAUCUUAGACUACAUGUCAAAGAUCUUCUUCGUUUAUGAUGUUGGAGAAAAUUGCACCAGUGCACAGCGUGUGGAAGAGCAAGAACCACCAUUGAAAAAAGUUAAUGCAUGUCCCAAAGAACAACACAGAUAUGAAGGGACAAAGAGAACACAUGCUAGGAUCAGAGAUAAUGAUGGUCAACAUAGUAAGAACUUUCAUGAUGACCUGAGUGAUGGCUGUGGAUCCCAGGGUGAAAAUGCAAGGGAUAUUGUUAGUUGCUGUUCCUGUUACAGGAUACUAAUUAAAAAUAUUGAAUAUAUUGCUAACUGUGUGAGACGCCACAAAGCCAAUCAUGCUAAAGGAGUGGAGUGGAAAAAGGUAGCAAAAGUGAUGGAUAGAUUCUUCAUGUGGAUUUUUUUUAUUAUGGUAUUUUUCAUGAGUGUUUUGAUCAUUGGCAAAGCACUUUAAGGAAAUGCUUAUACCAGGGCUGUGUCUGGAGUAUGUGUUCCCUAAACAUUCUCAUAAUAUUAUACUAGGAACCUUAUAGCACAGUGAUGAAACCAGAUGUGGGUUUCCACCACCCUUGUGUUUCCGAACUUGAUUCUGAUUCAUCCAUCUGUACUUUAAGUAGCAUGCUUACUACAUGCAUGGAAAUAAGCUCUAUCAUUCCUAUCUUAAAGUGCACAAGAAUAGAACUGAAGUAUGUUGUGUUUAGUCUGCAUACCACAAUGAAUAUAUUCUGAGGUGGGGGACAGGUAGAUAACUUUUCCAAAACACAUUAGGUUUCAAUAAAUUUAGGAUGCAAUUCUAUGCAUGUUUAAACAGAAAAAUAUUAUACAACUCCUAGAAUUUCCCAGACAAUCAUGCUGGGAGUUGAGGACAUUUUCCUGUCUAAACAUACCAGGAGUGUGCUUUGGGUCACUUCUGAUCAUCUGUUUCUUCUUCAUCAUCCUGUUAUACCCAGCAGCAUCCCCCUUUGCUUCUCAUAACAGGAGAUGUUUCUGACUGCAAUGCCCACUCACUGGAGUCACAUGCAUAAUUUUCCCUUGAGUGUCAGGUUUUGUGGGGGUGGGCAGAGGACAAAUAUACCACUUUGAAGCAGAUGUGUUUGACAGUGCAUCAAGUGGCUGCUUGCAUGUCUUCUCCCCUGUUCAGGAAGUGUAAAAAGAGAACCAAGAUGCUUUUUAAAAAAAUAGGCUCUGUAUGAUAGUUUAAGCAGGGGUGGGCAAUUUGUGGUUUCCAGUUGUUUUGGCCUACAAUUUCCAUCACCUCUAGACCGCAAAGCACUGGAGAGGUGCAAUAGAAGCUGUAGGCCCAAACAUCUGGAGGGCCACAAUAGUGCCAAUAGUGCUGUAAAAAGGCAGACAACACACUAGAAGCAUGGGAGAGUGAAACACACUGGAAAGGAAGUCCAUAUUCAUUGUAGAAGAAGCUACACAAGUCAUUUUGAAGAGAGAAACUAGAGGGAAGGGGUAAUAACUGGUGAUUUCAGCUUUUGUGCCUCUGUGCAAUGUGUGUUAGGCAUCAUGA